CGGCUACGUGUGUGCGUAUGUUUGCGCUCCGUCCGCCUGUGUGAAGCUGAGGCGGUGGCGGUCGCCGCGGCUAUCUGUGCCGCUGUUUGUCUCUGCUGAGGAGCUGCGGCCGGAGGGGAAGGAUGUGUGAGCCCAGUAAGCAGGACAUCGUCACCAUCUUCAGACGGCUCCGCGCCGUCCAGACAAACAAGAUGUGUUUCGACUGUGGAGCAAAAAACCCAAGCUGGGCAAGCAUAACGUAUGGUGUUUUCCUGUGCAUUGACUGCUCAGGGACUCAUCGAUCACUUGGGGUUCACUUGAGUUUUAUUCGGUCUACAGAAUUAGAUUCUAACUGGUCAUGGUUUCAACUGAGAUGUAUGCAAGUUGGAGGAAAUGCUAAUGCUUCUGUGUUUUUUCAUCAAUAUGGUUGCACAACAAAUGACACCAAUGCCAAAUACAGCAGUCGUGCUGCUCAACUUUACAGGGAAAAGAUUAAAACACUUGCAGCACAGGCAACACGGAAGCAUGGUACUGAUCUGUGGAUAGAAGGCUGUGGAGCCCCUCCUCUAUCACCUCAAGAAAAAGAAGAAGACUUCUUUGCAUCACAUGUUUCUCCUCAGGUUACAAACACAGAGUGGAAAUCAGCACACCAGGAUGAAACUCAUUUGAAACAGAAUGCUUCAGGAAAUGAUUCUGAAAGCAAAGAAGAAGAACUUGAACAUGGACCAAACGUUGAUUGCCUUAGUGUAUCACCGCAAGCUUCAUUAGCCAACCCGGAGAAUGUAAAUACUUCAGGCACCACACCUAGCAAAGUGGUCUCGUCCAUGAUCAAGAAGAAGCCAAAUCAAGUAAAAAAGGGGCUUGGAGCCAAGAAAGGUGGCUUGGGAGCCCAGAAAAUGAGCAGCAAGAGUUUUAAUGAAAUUGAAAAACAAGCACAAGCUGUAGAUAAAAUGAAGGAAGAGAUACAUUCCAGCAAAAAUACUGAGAAAGAAGAGCCGCUGGUAUCAUCUUUGCGAUUGGCCUACAGAGAUCUUGAAAUUCAGAUGAAAGAAGAAAAAUUAAAUGUGGCUGGAAAAAAGAAAACAGAGGUAGAAAGGCUUGGUAUGGGAUUUAGUAGCAAUAGAAGUGGCAUUUCCCAUUCAAUUACUUCAGAUAUGCAAAUCAUAGAGCAAGAAACACCUACAGCUGUAAAACCAAGGAAAAAGUACAGUGAUGACGACGACUCAUAUUUUUCUUCAUCCAGUUCAAGGUAUUUUGAUUCAUCAGAGCUGAGAAGUAACACUUUUCCUAAAUGGGAUGAUAAUUCUGAUUCGUUCUGGAAGAAGGAGAGCAGCAACAGGGAUACAGAUAUGAUCCUGUCAUCAAAAACAGCAGGCUAUUCAGAAAGGCCUUCCUCACGUCGUAAACAUGAGUAUGAACCUUGUGCAAGUACAGAUGAAGCGCAAAAGAAAUUUGGCAAUGCAAAAGCUAUUUCAUCAGAUAUGUACUUUGGAAAGCAAGAUCAUGCUGAAUAUGAAGCCAGAGUUCGGUUAGAGAGACUUUCUGGAAACUCUGCUAUAAGCUCAGCUGAUUUGUUUGAAGAGCAGAAGAAACAGCCAUCAGGCAGCUACAAUAUUUCGAAUGUUUUGCCAACUGCUCCAGAUAUGACUCAGUUUAAACAAGGAGUGAGGUCAGUUGCUGGAAAGCUUUCUGUCUUGGCAAAUGGAGUCAUGACUUCUAUUCAGGAUCGAUAUGGUUCUUAACCAUUUGUAUUGGCUGACUGGAAACACUGAAGAGCUUUAAAACUAUGUAUGUCUGCCAGUGAUCAUACCACAAAUCUUACAAGAAAGUUGCCUUAAUGAUGUAGAAUAUUUUAUUCUAAUUGAUAUAGCACCAUGUUUCCACCAUGUGUUCUUUUCUGGUUCCAAGCAGCUUUCAUUUAAUGUAGUAACUUAACACUUCUGCUUUUAUUCUGUUAGUGUUGCAGCUCCUUCUGUCUGUGUCAUUAUGUUGUUGCAUGCUAUUGCUACCACCAGUCUGUAUGUUCACCACAGCCCACUGUGGUGGGUUGUGCCGCACUCUGGAAUGUACCAGACAUUUGAGCUAUGACUCUGGUUUGUGUCAUUCAAACUUGGCAAGGGUGGGUUGUGGAAUGGUUAAAAAAACUCUUGCAUAACCCAUGGCUUGUUUUACGGUUAUACGAGUUUUGUUUAACCCUUGUACAGCCCAUCCCCACCAGUCUGAUAUGACAAGCCAUAGUUGUGGCUUGAAUAGUAAAAAUGGCUGCCUGUAUGCAUUGAAUUUCACCAUAAAUAAGCCACAUUUGAUUGUGGAAACCAGCUCACAGAAAAAAGCUGGUGAUAACGUUGAAUUAGUGUAAGGGCUGCCAGUUUAUUAUUCAUUUAUUGCCCUCCUCAACACAUGGUGAGACUGGAAGUGGCCAUCAGUCUUAUGUCAUUCCUUUCCACCGUGUUUAAAAAAAGAUACCUGGAUCAGGUAAUCGAUGUGCGAGUUUCUCUAUCAAGCUAUUUAACCCACUAUAGAGGUUCCAAUAUAGGUUUAAGGGAGGCCUCAUGAGUAAUAAAGUGAUCCUCUUGUUUUGUAUAUUCUAGGGCUGAGGGAAUAGUGGAGAAAUGACCAAGGAAUGCUUCUAAUUUUGCUGCACAUACAUGAGAAAGGGGAGACCUUUACGCAGGUCCACAGAAUAAUUAAACUGUUACUGAUUUUGGUAGACUCAAGUGUGUUUAACUGCAUCAAAUUCAGGAUACGUUGAUAGCCUUAAGGAAAUAUUGAUAAAUCUUUACAUGACAGGAAAUGGCAGUUAAUCGCUACAUAGUUUAGAAUGAAAGUAAAAUAGUCUUUUAAGCAUUGAUCUUUCAUGUAAACAUGUUUUCUUAGAAGAAAUAGAAGAAAUGUGUGGUAUGUUUAAAAGAUGUCAUCUUGAUCAACAUUUUAUUUAUUGAGGAAAAAGGCAGGAUAUAAAUUGAAAAAUAAAAUAAAAAAAAUAAAAAAAUAACAUUUAAGAUCUUUUCCGAAUUGUAAUCUAAACUCCUUAAAUGCUUUUAAGCAAUCAAUAUACUGUAUAAAAUGAAGAAUGAAGUAUAUAUAUGGGGUGGGAGCAAAAAUAUGUAUAAAAAUUGCUUGGAUAGACUAGUCUACUAAGUCAUAAGAAUUCUAGCAUGAACUUGUGGAUUUAAGAUCAAAAUACUGAAUAUGUGCAUAGAAGAAUAUGGUGUGGCUGUGUUUUAGACAGCCUAGAACUAUAACCAUUUAAAGCAAAUUGAAUUGAAAAGAGGCCAGAAAAGUUCUGUAGCUUUUUUUUUUUUGAACAGCUGCCAUUUCAACUUAAUAAAAUUUCAAAUAAAUUGAGUUAUGAAAGUU